AGCGUAGCGUCGUGGUCGUGCCUGCCCUUCACAUCCGUCCACAUCCUGCUAGGCUCAGCUCCCAAGCGCAGCACAACCAUGGCCCUGCUUAAGUCAAACAAGGUGAUCCUCUGCUUGGGAAACAUUUCCCCGUCGCUGGGAGCUUUCUCCACCCGCAACAGCUCAUGGUGGGGUGGAGUGCAGAUGGGUCCCCCCGAUCCCAUCCUGGGGGUGUCCGAAGCCUUCAAGAAGGACCCCAGCCCCAAGAAGAUGAACCUGGGAGUGGGAGCCUACAGGGAUGACCAGGGCAAGCCCUUUGUGCUCAGCUGUGUCCGCAAGGCUGAGGCCAUCAUUGCAGCCAAGCAGAUGGACAAGGAGUACCUCGGCAUCACUGGUUUGGCCGAAUUCACCAAGGCCUGCGCCGCGCUUGCUCUCGGUGCUGAUAAUGAGGCCUUGAAUAGCGGCAGGAACGUCACCGUCCAGACCAUCUCAGGUACCGGAUCUCUGCGCAUCGGAGCCAACUUCCUGGCUCGCUUCCAUGGAGGUCCACGUGAUGUGUACCUGCCCAAACCCUCCUGGGGAAACCACACACCUAUCUUCAGAGAUGCUGGCAUGCAGCUGAAAUCAUACAGAUACUACGACCCAGCCACCUGUGGCUUUGACUUCAAAGGAGCUCUGGAUGACAUUUCUAAAAUCCCAGAGCAGAGUGUGAUCCUGCUGCAUGCUUGUGCUCACAACCCAACUGGUGUGGACCCCAAGAUCGAGCAGUGGAAGGAGAUUUCUGCGCUUGUGAAGAAAAGGAAUCUGCUCCCAUUCUUCGACAUGGCCUAUCAGGGUUUCGCCAGCGGAGACAUCGAUCGCGAUGCCUGGGCCGUGCGCUACUUCAUUGAGCAGGGCCACAACAUCCUGCUGUCCCAGUCCUUCGCCAAGAACAUGGGGCUGUAUGGUGAGCGUGUUGGAGGCUUCUCAGUGGUGUGCGGUGAUGCAGAAGAGGCGAAGAGGGUUGAGUCUCAACUGAAGAUCCUCAUCAGACCCAUUUACUCUAACCCGCCCAUGAACGGUGCCAGAAUUGCAUCAACCAUUCUCACCACACCAGAUCUGCACUCACUGUGGCUGGAGGAGGUCCAUGGUAUGGCUAACCGCAUCAUUAAGAUGAGAGAACAGCUGGUGGCUGGGUUGAAGAAGGAAGGCUCCUCCCACAACUGGCAGCACGUCAUUGAUCAGAUCGGGAUGUUCUGCUUCACUGGACUCAAACCUGAACAGGUUGAGCGCCUGACAAAGGAGUUUUCAGUGUACAUGACCAAGGAUGGCAGAAUUUCCAUGGCAGGCAUUUCCUCUGCGAACGUUGGCUACCUGGCACAAGGAAUCCACGCAGUCACCAAGUAGAGCAGAUCCUGCUGAGAAAGUUUCAAAAUCAAAGCAGCCGUGUGAAAGAGGAGCUUUGUACGUCACCUUUUCUCUGUCUCCUCCAUUCCACCUUUAGAAAAGAGCUUUACUUAGACAUUUUCUUAAUUGGAUUUCAUCACGAGUUCACCUUGGAGCGGUUGCUACUGUAAACAGUUUAGUUUCUUUUUUUAAACAUUUCACUGAACAGUUCCCCAUACCAAAUUAUACAAGGCAUGUUUUCUCUCACCACUGACGGAUCAUAUUUGCUUAUUUAUUACCUGGAAUCAGCUGUUGGCUGUGCAUCCUUCUAAACGUGUGCUGUUUAUCUGCUAUGGGGCCACUCGCUCUAAAACAUCAAGGAAUCUACAUCGGGGUCUGAUCGCUGUUGCCAUGUGUAACCUGUAGGAAAUGUGAGUUGUUUUUAACUUUAAUGGUUGGGUUGUAGCACUUUAUGAGCUUUAAGGCACUGUUCGUUUCAAGAUUAGCAUUCUGUUUUUCACUGUCCAUCAGUUUAUCAGUUCACUGGCUGGUCAUCUGAACCAAUCAAUCAUCGCUAAUGUACUUUCUUGAUUACUUCUCUUCCAUGUAUUCAGCAGGACUUGUGAAAUCUUUUGGGUGUCAAUCUAGUUAAUCACAGGGCAACAGUCUCUCAGUCAGUCCCUUUUAACCCCUGAUAAAAACAAGCACUCAGCCCAAAAAGAGUUAGAUAAAAGUGAUUAACCCUGAAUUAUUUCCACAAUUGACCCCUUUUUUUUUUUGCUGUUUUUCUGCACGGCCCCAGAACAUCCUAUUUCAUACCUUCUUUUCACAAAGGAGUCUCUAUAUUUGGUACAAGUACAAAAUGUCUUUGUGGUUGAGGAGGAUGAGUGAGGUACCUGAUUGAAUACAAGACAGUUCAUGAAGAAAUCCAGUAUGCACAUGCUUCUCAUUUACUCACUCAGGCAUCAUGGUUCAGUGUAUGAAUCGGUUUGUCAUUGAGACUGUGAAACAAAUGACAUUUAACAACGUGGGGUUCGCCGCAAGUCUGCCUAUACUACCAUGUGUUGCAUUCUGUCAGUCAAUAAUGGAUCAGUGGUCAUGUACCUUAUUGAACAAACAAUAAAUGAUUAUAGAGUAA